CGUCACUGAAGCGUCUAAUCUGCUACAAACCGAAGAAGAAGCAGCGUCACGUCGUAGGGCCUUUUGUUCACUGAGCAGCAGAGACUCACUGAGUCAAAGACCGUAGAUACACAUGUUUAUUUAUCUCAGUGUAUAUUCAAAGUUCUAAAUGGCUCAUUUAACACAGAAUCCCGCCGACAAGUUGAGGUUCGUCUGUCUCUACCCAGUUUACAUCAACAAUAAGAAGACGCUGGCUGAGGGACGCAGGAUCCCGACAGAGAAGGCUGUGGAGAAUCCGUCCUGCACUGAGAUCCGAGACGUCCUGACGGCUGCUGGCAUGAACGUCUACAUGGAGAACAAAAUGCAUCCCAGGGAGUGGAACCGGGACGUCCAGUUCAGAGGUCGUGUCAGAGUUCAGCUGAAGCAGGAAGAUGGUUGUCUCUGUCAGGACAAAUUCAGCUCCCGUAAAGAUGUGAUGUUUUACGUUGCGGAGAUGAUCCCUAAAUUAAAGACUCGGACCCAGAAGAGUGGGGGAGGAGAGAGCAGCUCUCAGCAGGGAGAGGGAGGGAAGAAGAGCAAGAAAAAGAAGAAAUAGACCCAGCACAUGACUGUACAGUACAACACAGUUUUACUUUUCCAAAAUCCAAGGUUUAUCGCUUUGAGUUCAUCGAUUUUUGAUUGUUUGGAUCAGUUUCAGAAAGAAUCUAAUUCUGAAGUCGAGCUCGUUUUGAAAAGGAAAAUCAAGCUGUGGCGAACAGUCGACUGAAGAAAACUAUGAACAGCUAAUUGACUUGUUUCAGCAGGAAACUCCUUUCAGUCACAUUACAGAUUUCAAAGAGGGGCUGGGAUAUGCAUCUGUGUUUUUGUUUGAAUCCCUCCCCUCUCCAUAUUUUAUUAAUGCAUCUUGAUCUUGCAAGAGAAGAUGAAUAAAAAGUAAAUUCUCACUUUUUUUGUUCUGAGAUAAUUAAAGAAGCCUUGUGAGGAUUGUGUCGCGGGAGUAAAUCAGUUUGACCUCAUCCUGUAAAUAAAAUAGUCAUUAAUGAAAUGCUCGAUUAACGCCGACACUAUCUGUAAUAAUUCAGUUAUAUCAAAUUAAAGUUCUGAUGCAUGA